AUGGUGACAGUAGAACAAGCAGACAGCAGAACAAGCAGACAGCAGAACAAGCAGACAGCAGAACAAGCAGACAGCAGAACAAACAGACAGCAGAACAAACAGACAGCAGAACAAACAGACAACAGAACAAACAGACAGCAGAACAAGCAGACAACACAACAAGCAGACAACAGAACAAGCAGACAACAGAACAAGCAGACAGCAGAACAAACAGACAGCAGAACAAACAGACAGCAGAACAAACAGACAGCAGAACAAACAGACAACAGAACAAACAGACAGCAGAACAAGCAGACAACACAACAAGCAGACAACAGAACAAGCAGACAACAGAACAAGCAGACAACAGAACAAGCAGACAGCAGAACAAGCAGACAACAGAACAGACAACAGAACAAACAGACAGCAGAACAAGCAGACAACACAACAAGCAGACAACAGAACAAGCAGACAACACAACAAGCAGACAACAGAACAAGCAGACAGCAGAACAAGCAGACAACAGAACAAGCAGACAACACAACAAGCAGACAAGAGAACAAGCAGACAGCAGAACAAGCAGACAACAGAACAAGCAGACAACAGAACAAGGAUCACCAGGACUGCACUAAACCAGUAUAG